AUGGGUAUCUUCCGUUUUACUGAAGAGACAACGACGGCCACCUACGAGUUUGAGAGGAUGACUUGGGAUGAAAUGGACGAAAUUUUUUGGACAGAAGAGGAGGUUGGUGAUUUUCGUAACUUUGCCUUCAUGGUUGAUUGUGAACUCGAGGAAGAAGAUUGGAGUGGCCCAGAUGUGGAACCACUUCCAUGGAAUAAGGAGAUUGAUGAAAAGAAGUUUGAGAAAUUUGAAUCGAAUCUUAACGAACUCAAAGCCAAGAGAAAGCGUGAAAUGGAGUCUUUUGCAGCCUCUGGCAACCUUCCAAGUGCACAUGUGAAACCAGAGUAUUACGCACUGGAGGAUAUCGAGAACCACCCAGUGAAAGCGCCACCGGGGGAAGCACCUCCCACCAAAAAGACCAAGAUGGACGAGGAGGAUGUAAAGGAGGAAGAAAUAGAAACCUCCAAUCAAACACAAGAGGAACCCGUCGCUGAAGAAUCCCUUGAAGCGCAACCUCAACCUCAACCUGAUUCUGAAGAAUCUGAACCUGAACCUGAACCUGAGGAGCCCACGAUCGAAGAAGAACCUGUGGCUGAAGAGGAACCCAAGGGCGAAGAAGAACCAUCAGAGGUAGCAGAGGAACCAUCCGACGUAGCAGAAGAAGAACCAUCAGAGGCAGCAGAAGAAGCGUCAUCUGUUAACCUAGAAGAGGCCGUGGCAGAAUCGGAUCCACCAGCCAAACCACAACCCAAAGUAGAAGAAGCAGUUGUUGAUAAGAAACCCGAAAAGAAAAAGUCGAAGAAGAAAAAAGACAAGACUGAGAAAGAGCAAGUACAAGUCUCUGAAGCGACUGAAGAGGAAGCCAAGAAGAAGAAAAAGUCGAAGAAGAAGAAAGACAAGACUGAGGAAGAGAAGGAACAAGUCGUCGAAGCAACUGAGGAGGAGGCUAAGAAGAAGAAGUCGAAGAAGAAAAAAGCCAAGACUGAGGAAGAGAAAGAACAAGUCUCCAAGCCUAAGCAGGCAGGAAAAUCCGAAAAGAAGAAGACGAAGAAGAAAAAAACAAAGACUGAAGAAGAGAAGGAACAAGUAUCCAAAACGAUUGAGGCCGAGACCAAGCCCGAAAUAUUGGAAGAAGAGAUCCAACCAAAACUAGAGCCAGAGACAAAGGCCGAGGAAGAGCAAGCUGAAAUAGCUGAACCUGCCAAAGAUGAAAUCGAAAAGCCCAAUCCGGAAAUAUUGGAAGAAGAGACCCAACCAGGAACAGAACCCGAAACAAUGGUGGAAGAAAAACAAGCAGAAACGGCUGAAUCUUCCACAGAUGAAUUCACCGUAGUUACCGAAUCAUCCGAAGCAGAGUCAGAAACCGAGUCGGAACUAAAUUCGUCGGAGCGAAGUACCAGCAAACGUGAAAGUGGUAUGAAAAAAUCCAGGUUGGGGCGCUUUGCCGGUAAAACGGCUGGAGCUGUCGUUGGCACAGUGAAAGGAGGCGCCAAAGCAGGGGUCAAAGUGACCACGAGUACGGCCAAAUUCGGAGCCAAAACUUUCCAAAGUGGUGCCAAAAUGGGUGUCGGGGCAGUGAAAGGGGGCGUCAGCACAGUGAAAGCGGGCGCCGAUGCCGUUGGUGUCACCACGGUAGUCAGCGCAGGAGCCAAAACUUUCCAAAGUGGUGCCAAAAUGGGUGUCAAAACAGUGAAAUCGGGCGCCGAUGCUGUUGGUGUUACCACGGUCGUCAACGCUGGUACCAAUGCUGUCAAAGCGGGCGCCAAAGUAGGUACCAGUGCUGUGCAAUCGGGCGUCAAGGUGGUCGGUGCUGGGGCCGAUGCUUUCGCUAAUACUACGAUCGUCAAAGCUGGUACCAGUGGUAUCAAAGCGGGCGCCGAUGCUGUUGGUGUUACCACUGUCGUCAAAGCUGGUACCAGUGCUGUCAAAGCUGGUACCACUGCUUUCGUAGCGGGCGCGACUUACGUCACUGGGAUGCUCAUCCCCAAGAGAAAAAUCAUGGUUACGAAUGAUACCACAGGCUCGGAGAAUAAAGUAAAGAAGUUGGUUCGGCCUCCAAGGGCUCAAAGGGCGCCCCAACAAGAAUAUCAACCGAUUGAAGAGGAACCUCCGGAAGCGGAAUCAAACGCAGGAGAUCCAGAAGCUGCUCCUAUAGCCGAGAAUGUUGAAGCUGAAAAGACUGAAGAGGCUCCCCCGAAACCAGAAUCAAACGCAGAAGGUCAAGAAGAUGGAGGAAGCAAAAGGAUUGAAACUGAAAAUGUCGAAGAGGCGCCUCCCAAACCAGAAUCAAACACAGAAGGCCAAGAAGACGCAGGAGCUGAAAAGAUUGAAGAGGCACCUGCAUCACCUUCGAAACCUCCUAAGUCUCCAAAAUCUCCGGGGCGAUCGGGGCGAUCAAAAUCUCCUGCUCGAUUAUCGAAAAAAGGUAGCGCACGAAAAUCGAAAACGAAAAAAAGCGACGACAGCAAAAGCGAGAAAAAAAUCGAAAAAUCCCCUUCUAAACGGAAAUCCAAGAAACCAAGUUCCAGCGCUGGGAAAGAGUAG